CAUAAAAACAGAGUAAUAACGAUAGUCCAAAGGGUUGCGAUGCCGCUUAUAAGGCUUGGUUAAACAAUCAAAGGUGUUCUAAUUAAUUACGCACGCUGUAUCCAGCGAGUCAAAAGCCUGCAAUUUCCUCCUUUGCGCAACCAUGGGGCCCAGUCAAAUUGUGUUGUUUUCUUUAAUAUCAGCGACAUGUUUCUGCGCUUUGGCCUGUAAUGCUGUGAAGAUGCCAUUGGAUAAUGAAGUUCGGCUUGAAAACUUUUGUGGUGGCACCUACGUUCUGCCUUGUCCCGACUCUUCGGAGCCGGACCGCCGUGUUGGACGACUGCGUUUUUUACAAGUUCCGAAAAUAAACUGCAGUGUAGCACUGACUAUGCCCAGCGGUUGCAGAACGGAAUCAGCCAUAUACCUUCAUAUUCCAGUUUCUUAUAUUGGCGAUAAUCAGGGGCUAGAAAUCUUCGAGACGAUGGAAGGCCACCACGAGCUAAUCAAACAAAUUUCCGGUGGCAAAAUCCUUAACAUCCCCAACAGUCCCUUUCUAUCUGUAGCGCAAGUACGCUCCCGUUAUGACCGGACUCCGUCCCUGACGAUCUUCAUAGGAGGCGGACCGCAGCAGAAAGACAAUCCGUUUCACGAAAUCUGGCUGGACUACACGCUUCUGACCACCGAAAGCAGCAAACUGUCCAACGAAGUUCUGUGCGAGGCACUUGAAGGAUACAUUCCCAAGGCCAUUAUGUGUAACGACGCUGAUACUGACCGAGUCAGCUGUCCGGAUGCAUACGUCGAACGGCUGGAUCCUAACAGUGUACUAGAAGUACAGCCUUGUGAUCCUGAAGACUUCAAACAGAUUAACAAUUCCACCAUGGUGCACAUCCACCAUAAACAUCCACCAUGGUGCACAUGGUGUGAACAGGACCAUUCAACGCCCCCAACAAACCAACCGACAACAGAGAAACCAACAACGCGAAGACGGCCCGUAGUGCCACCGGUGGAAGUACAGCAUAUUGAUCUUCAUCCUAAUAAGGGUAAAGGAACUAUAACGUUUGUUCUGAAGCCGCUUUUGCCAGGACAGACGUUUUACCGCAUUGUUCUGGGCGACAUCGUUCUUUAUGUUAAAGACCGCGAGGUCUAUGUGGGUGAGGAAGGCCCCCAUGACUAUUUGGAAAAGAGACAGCGCAGCCCGGUCUACAGCCUAAUCCAUCCCAACUGUUCGCAGAUAACUCACUGGGUAACCUUUUCCUCUCGCCGCGAAGGUGACAUACCCCCGUUUAUUAAAUUCGGAUGGGGCUAUCACAUGACCAGCAACGUUCUCUUCGAGUUUGCGUCGACGGUAGACGGCAACCACGAUCAGGCUAUCAAUGACAUCGGCCGCGUGGCCGUGUGCGAUAAUGUCGCGCUAGUUGAUCCAAUGAAAAAACAUGAGUUGCCGUUGUUGUUGGAUUACUCGCCGGUCAUCAUUAAACCGAACGAGCGAACCCGCGAGCACACGUUAUCCAAAACGGAGAUUUUCCUCACGGUCGCCAGUCAGGCCUUGAUAGGCGAUAUCCUGGAGAAUAUUGAAGCAGAAGGCUCUUCCGGUCUAAUAACACCGGAGGAGGAAACCUGGCAAUAG